AUGGAACGAGCCGCAGAGCAUUUGGGCCGUGGAAGUGCGUCGUGUGUCACCAUGUCCCAGCGGAUGGCAUUGCGGGAGCUUGAGUUGCAAGAAGAUCCGGAAGGUGACACUGAAAGUGAUGAUGUAGAAGUGACACGUUGGAGAGCCCGUGUUGCCGGACAAGCAAAGACCUUGGGUGGCAAGGGCCCUGUGAAAUGGAUUGUGCCUGCGAUGCUGGUCGUGAUCAGCUCCCUGAUCUGCAUGUGGAUGCUGCAUAUCGCCACCUUUUACUACGUCAAGGGCAUUCUGCGCUUCGAGGCCGCCUUUCAGCGGACGCCGGGCUACACCGAGGACGAAAAGGCCAAGCAGUUCUUUUCCGCCGGGCUGAGCAAAGAUAGCGUGUCCUUCGGAUCUUUGCAGGAUCCGCUGGAAGCACAGCUGGGCUUUCGACAUGUGCCUCUCAAGGCUUUGGACGCUGUGGCCUUGGUGUUUCCCUUUCUGUGGUUCUGUGCAGUCAUUUAUCUCAGAGACGUCCAGGCAUGGACCAAAGUGCUCCUAUGCCAUUCAGUUCUUGCGUUUGGCAAAGGGAUCUUCGGUGCGACGACCAUCAUCCCCGACAGCAUUGGCUGGGCCAACUGCAAGGCGCGUUUGGGAGAGAAGGGCCUCGCGUAUUUUCGCAACGAGGUUCCCGAUCCCACUACCCAUGGCCUGUGGACCAUGGUGAUGGCGAUUCUGGGGGUGGAACUCACAGGUCCUCACCAAGACAGGAUUGGCUCUGGCAUGCGUUUCUGCGGCGAUAUGAUCUAUUCUGGUCACACAUAUUUUACCAUUCUCUACAUCCUCGCGCUCUGCGAGCUUCUCCGAAAGGCCUUGAGCGAUCCAGACUCACGCUUAUAUGUUGAAAGCAGCUUCAAGAGGAAAGUUGUGGUCUUCUCUGUGUACAUGGUGUGCAUCGCCCAGCAAGGUCUGGAAAUCUUCCUGGUGUUGUCGAAUCGAUUCCACUACACUACGGAUGUGGUCUUGGCCGUGCUUCUGACCUUCCUUUGGUACACCAGCGCUCCCAUCUGCAUCGCUGCCAAGUGGUGGGCACAGCCAGCGGCUUGGGGACGUUAA